GCUUAUCUGCGAGCGGUCGAUGUGAAGAUCCUGCAGCAGCUGGUGGUGGUGAAUGAGGGCAUUGAGGCGGUGAAGUGGCUGCUGGAGGAGAGGAAGCCCGCUGUGUCGUGUAGCCAGUACAGCCUGGUGGAGAGCCAGGUGGCCUCGCGGCGGGGCAGCUGGGACAGCCUGCAGGACCCCAACGACAGGCUGGACAGCAUCUCCGUCGGUAGCUACCUGGACACGUUGGCUGAUGACAUGGAUGAGUAUUCCCAAAACGCCGCUGAAACUGCCGCCGCAUCUGUGCCAGGCAGAGCCCUGGUCAGGGCGGAGCAGGAUUGGGUCAGGAUCGACCCUGAGAGGAGUCUUGCAAAGCAAGAGAAGGGCAAAGCAGAGCACGAGUGGCCCCACGUGGACCUCUCCCCACCUGGGCUGCCCCAGGAUCACCGGUUUGCUAAGGAGCCCCAGGUGGCCAACGGGUAUCUGGGACAGCAGCCGCCUUCUCUGGAACCAGGCAGAGACACCAAAUUGCCAUUGGGGGCUGGGGAGAGGCUGGGGAAGGGGAACCCGGGUGGGAAGGCUUGGAAAGCUGAGGCUGACUUUGAGAACUGUAAACUCAACAGCAAACUGCACCUGGAGUACGAUGCCCACUGGCGCUGGCUCCAGUCUCAGGACGAUGUGACGUUCUUGUAG